ACCUUCGAUGGGAGCGGAGGGUUUGUGUGCGUGAAAGUUACGCCGUCAUCGCAAUCGCUAUUCAGUUCAGCAGGAGGACCUCCUUUUUUGCAUCUCUUGCGCCGCGAAUGCAUAAAACCAAAAUGGCAUAAAAAUAUCGUCGGGCUAAAACGGAAAAAUUUCCCCCGUGCCGUUACGGGUUUGACGCUUCCGAGUUCGCAUAAUUGUGCCGUGGGAAUAUCGUAUACUGUGUUUGGGUGAGGAUCUUGUACGGUGAAACGGUAGCUUCUAGCAAAUAGAAAGCUGAAUCCCAUCAAUCUGCUCUGGGCGGAUUGUUUUCAAAUUUGUGACUCACCAAAACAAAAAAAACUUUAAAAAAAAGGGCGCACGGAACAAAGCCGAGUGUAUAAUCGUUAGGUGUGGGAGGAAAAAUAUCGAAAAAGAACAGCUCCUUAGGAAGCGAUAAGGUCAAUUGGGAGUUGAAUUGAUUCAAUGAAACAUAUAUUGGCAAGCAUGGGGAUGUCGGUCGCUGAUCAAUGUCUCCGGCAAUUUCAGUGAACGCGAGUGGCAGCAGCAGACUGUGUUGCCGUUGUCAGCCAGAGCAUCAUCGAAGUGCGUGUGAAUGUGAGACACCACACCGAAGCAUAAAAAUAGAAUUUUAGAAGCUUUCUAUUAGUGGGUGUCGUCGAGCGUGGAAGAAAAACAAACGCAAACGCAAAACAACAACGGAGACAGAUUAGCGCGCCUAGCCAGUAUGUCGAUAUCUAAUGGGAAAACGUCGUCAGACAUCGAGAAUGCCGAGUGGAAUUCGACCGGAAUGCUGGGACACACAAGAUACGGUUCCAGCAGCAGCCAGGCAUCGCAGAGUAGCGGUGACAUCUGCCGGAUAUGUCACUGCGAGUCCGAUCCCCAGAACCCGCUCCUAACGCCCUGCUACUGUUCCGGAAGUUUGAAGUUUGUGCACCAGACCUGCCUGCAGCAAUGGCUCACAGCUUCCGAAACGAAUGCCUGCGAACUGUGCAAGUUCCCCUUUAUAAUGCACACCAAAAUUAAGCCCUUCAAUGAGUGGCGAAGUCUGGAGAUGUCCGGCGUCGAGCGACGGCGUCUGUUCUGCGCGGUGUUAUUCCAUUGUGCCGCUGCACUGUGCGUCAUCUGGUCCCUGUGUGUGCUCAUCGAGCGGGCAGCCGAGGAAGUGCGGCGUGGUCUCAUUGGAUGGCCCUUCUGGACCAAGCUGGUCGUGGUGACGGUCGGCCUCACAGGAGGAGUGGUGUUCAUGUACAUCCAAUGUAAGCAGUACCUCAAUCUAUGCAACCGGUGGCGUGCAAGGAAUCGAAUUUUACUGAUUCAGAACGCCCCGGAGAAAAUUCAACCGCCACAAUCGCCGGUUAUCCAACAGUUUCGCCGCGUUCGUACGGCAGCUACGAGUGGAGUUGGGUUGGUGGGUUCUGGAAGUGGAACUGGUCCAGGGCAGGGAAGCGUCAGUGUCAACUCAGCCAUUCUCACCGGACAUGGUUCGAUUCGAUCGGGAUACGAUCAUCACACCCAUCAUCACCAUUUGAUAGGGUCUAUCGGAAGUGCCGCGGGAGUAAGUGGAAGCGGCGGAGGUCAUCACUGUGAGCUGCAGAUCAAUCAACAGGGUCAGAUCAUAGCGGCAAACAUAGAAAACAGCUCAAUUAGUUACGAUCGGGACUGGACGUUAGAUGAUAUAAGUCAGGUGUCGUUUAAGCCUUGCCUUCAGGGCAGCGGAAGUCUCACGCCAAUGCCUUUUCACGAUUCGGCGCACAAUAUCUGUGAGGGAAGCGGAAGUGGCGGCAGCGGCGUGGUAAUCGUUUCAAAUCAACGAUAUUCGGCGAUCUCCGGAUCGUCCAACACAGUCCACGAAGAGGAACAAAUGCAGCAACAGCAGCAGCAACAAAGUAUUAAUCGUGAUCAAAAUAGCGGUAGUUGUAGUAGUAGCAUUAAGACGGCUGACUUGAAUUUGUUCAGAAUGCCGAACGCUGAACUGAGUAGUGUUAAUGGUAGUAAUAGUAACAUAAACGCAGGUGUAGCACCUGAAUCCCUAGGAAGUCGCCAUCCGAAUUCGGCGUUAUUCCUUGAAAAUCGUGAUAUCCUGAAUGAUCCUCCGUGCCACGAUCAGAUUGUAUACCCCUCCAAACUUUACAAUCGACGUUCGACCGUUCUAGGCAGCAAUGGCGUCCAGUACGAUCAAGAUGAGCCCCGUCGGGACGCCCGUAGGUAUUCCGACACCAAACUACUACAGCAGCAAAGGCUAACUUACGUUAACGAACUACCGAAUGCUGAAACUCUUAGUCCUACCAAAGAUCAACUUCUUUUAAACCCCAAAAGUAUAAUCUAUGAUAUGAACAAUUUCCUUGGGCCAGUAGUAAAAAUGCAAGAUCAUCAGGAAGUUAGUCCAACAAAGUCCAACCAGCAUAAAAAUCAUCACCAUCGUCAUCAUCACCAUCACCCUCUGGCAUCGGCUGAAAGUCCAAGUCAUCUGCUCCAGACCACCGACAUCCAGUUCGGCAGCAAUUGUGACGAAGAAACACCUCGACCCACCUUAUACGACCCACUCGAGCUGAACAUCCAGGAAAUGCUAGAACUGGACAUUGCCAACAUCCAGCGCCUGCAGCAGAAGCAACACUCUCUCGGUAACAUUUCGCAGCAUUCACCAACACCAUCAGUCUACAACUACUUUUCCCACUAUCAAUCGGAAGAUAACCCCUCCUCUCCGUUGACUCACUCAGUGGAUCUACCAUCAAGUCCGGUCCUGCACCGAACGCUUCUCACCUCCAAUUCUGCCAAUCCAAGAAUACUUUCCGGUGGUGCCAACCAGACCAUUCUCCGGCCCUAUUACGGCUCACCACCGACACACAUCAUCAAUUCAAGCCAACAGCCACAGCAGCAGCCCCAGCACCUUAUUCAGGCACCUCGCGAAGGAAGUAGCGUUGGCAGUAGUGGUCAGUGCAGCACCAACCGUUUGAAGCUGUUCAAAUCGCUGCCCAAUCUGAGUGCCAGCAGUGAGAAUUUGCUACCACCGCCGAAGCGGUUCGAUUAGAAAGUCCUGGACCGGAUCGGGUAGCUGCAGCUGACCUUACUACCGUGUAUUUUGUGACUUUGUGUUCAGGUGAACGACAUCGUUGACGGGAGUUUUUCGGUUUUAUUAUUUGAAUUUUUGCCUUUGAGCGUUUGUUUAAUAACCUUUCUAAAAAUAUUUAAUUCCUUUGAUUUAUUUUUCCCAUAUUGCAUUUUAGCGUAGUCGGGAUAAAUGGAGACAAUCCUACAAUCGAGGAUUUUAUUCAAUUUGAUUUAAGAUGGAUGUUAAAAUCAACUUUUUUUCUAAGUUUAUAACCGGUAUAUAGCAAUUUCCUUAUGUAAUUCACUAUGACUUUGUAGUACUAGAAAAAUACAUUUGAUUGGUAUGAUAUUAUUAUUUGAAUUCAUAAAAAAAUUGACUACCAAUGUGUCUUACUUUUGUUGAUUAUCUGAUUUUCUUGUAAAUUUAUUCUUCAUUUCAAUUCACUUUCCUGCUAUGGUACCGUCUUUUUUCUUUCAGCUCACAGUAGAUUACAAAUCCAGUUUCAAAUGCUGCUGUUGUGCUUGUGUUUAUAAUAAAAAUUUUAUUGACAUUCUAAGAAUUCAGAUUUUUUAUUUCGUUUAUUUCCUGUAAAUUUUAAGAAGUCAAUUCUUUUUUCAAAUAUCUUCUUGUUAACAUUUAACAACUAGGUACCUACAUUCGUUUAGUGCCAACACAUGUAGCAGAAGAAUCAACCACAAUGACAAAUUGUAAUAACAAAAGAUACAUGAUUUUAUCGAAAACUCCCGUUAAUGAAAGUUCGCUAACUCAACCUCUUUUUCCGACUUGGCAAAACAGUUAAUAACGUUGCUACUACCGAAAUCGUUCAUACAUAGGUUAAUGCAAGGAUAUCGACGACGACAACAACAUACUACUUAAUCUUACGAGUUAUUAUGAACAAGAGAGUUAGGUACUUGAAAUAGAGCCAACAAAAAAGCCUAUCUAUAUUAAUUUACUUAUGUAGAUCAAUCGGCCAAUUCGAUAAAGCCGUCUCGCAGUUCGUGUUAGUUAUCGAUAUAAUUAUUACAGAAAAAAUUACACAGGAUAGCGCAGAAAUUAGCACCCAGAUGCGAAUGUGACCACCAUAGCUGACUUUUAUAAUAAUUACAUAUUCAUAAUCCUCAAACCGACACCGGUCAUUUGGUGGGAUAAAAUCAGAAAGGUUAGGAAUAGGCCGAAAGAAGUUGGGUCAGAAUGAAGGUUCUUAGCAACGUUACACAAUAUUUCCGUUUAGUACGAUUCCGAUAUGGAAAAAAUCUAUAGCGAUAGGUUUUAAAACAAAAAAAUGGUAUUCAAAAUACAACCAUGUCACUACUUAAAGUGUCCUCUCUAUUCCUUUUAAAAAGAGUGAAAACCCACUCUACGGAAACUAGAACGAAAUCGGACUUGAUAAUUGGAUAUUUAAAAAAAAACCCAGAACUUAACUGCGUUGGAGUGUCGAUUGUCGAUAUAAGUAGAAACCGAGAGCUUGUGAUGAAUUUGUAAAGGAAACGCGACUAACCUUAGUAGAGGUUGUUCAAAAUUAAAAAAAAAGAAAAAUUUGAGAUUAUCUUAAAACAAACCCCGCUGGGAUGGGUGAGCCUCGACUGCGUUAUGGAAUGGUUGAGUUAAAACAAAAAAGAAAAAGGUGAAGAUAGGGUGUGUUGUAUGUAAAGUGUGACGCGUGCUCUUAAGAUGACGCGAGGAUCGGGAUGAUAAACGUCAAUGUGUACGCUGUAAUGUGUGACUUAUUUACGUUCUUGCAAAACGAUAUGUAAAAUGCAAAUGGUGUUAUCAAUAAUGCAGUUCUUUUUUAAUUAUUUUUUUUCUUGAAAUAUAGAGAAACAUGUAACCG